GACUGACAUGCAUUUUGUGUACGGGUUUUGCAAUGGUAGUUCAUUGGCAGCCGUAAGAGAAUAUCAAAGAAUAUUUCCAAAUCGCAUAGUACCUGGACGUCGAAUGUUUACUGAUAUUCACCGGAAUUUGUCGAACCAUGGAAGUUUUCAUCGCAUGCAGGGCUCAGGAAGGCCACUGGGAAAUUAUCGUAUGGAUAUUGCUUUAAAUAUGUUUGAAAAUAAUCUUCAAAUAAGCAUACGAAAUGUUUCAGAAAUCAUGGAUAUACCUCGAUCAAUAGUAAGAAAAAUGUAUGAAUACCCAUUUGAUAGUUAUCCUAAAAAUAAUAAUUUUAGAUAGGAAGAAUGACAAGAAUGCAAGG